UGUAUGGUGGCAGGUAUGCACAUUAAAAAGGGGGGUAGCACAUAUUUUCACUUUGGUAGCUACCUAUCACUAGCAUGUAUUUCCAUAAUCCUCAUAAAUAUUUUCUCUAUCUUGUUAUUAUUAAUUAAUUGCUUCAAGUAAGGUUUGAGCAACAUUUAUCGUCCCAAACAACACAGAAAGAAAAAUCUCGGAACUUGCAUUGUGAUGUCUAUUGCAUCAUUAAUAUACAUGCACACAUCUUAAUUGAACCUCACCCUCCUAUAUCCUUUCUCAAUUCUCACCACUAAUAUAAUGAGUCAUUUUCCUUCUUCCUCCUAUUCUUCUUCUUCUUUGUGUCAGUGUUUGGUUCAUGAAGAGAGCUAAUUCAGAUUUUUUUUUGGUCACUAGCUAAUUCAGAUUUGUAUUGUGUUGUUUGCUUUGCUAGCAAUGCUCUAAUUAGUUUCCAGCUUUAUUCACUUUAAUUACUAUUUUUGUUGUCACUGAAGAAGGAGAGAUCAGAGAUAUGGGCUGUAAUUUUUGUAGGAACUUUGAACAUCAUAAUAUUCUGGGUUUGUUCAUCAUCGUUGUAUUAGUGGCUGCUAUGGUUGAAUGCAGUUCCUUAAACUACACAAAGUACAAUAAGCAAGUAAGUAGCUUGAGAUUCAAUAGGAUUAUCAAACACUUGGACAAGAUUACCAAGCGCCCUGUUCUCACCAUAGAGAGUCCAGAUGGUGAUAUCAUAGAUUGUGUUCACAAAAGAAAACAACUAGCUUUCGACCACCCGCUCUUAAAGAAUCACAAGAUCCAGAAAGCGCCAAAAGAGAUGCCAAGAGGGAUCAUUAAUAAUGUGAAGAAGGAUAAUAAUAAUAAUAAUGAUGAGGAUGAGAAUGGUAGUAGCCAUGAAAUGGUAGGUGAAGGAGAAAGAGGAGCAGUAAAAAGGCAAGAAUGGCAAAUGUGGCACCUAAAUGGAACGCUGUGCCCAAAGGGAACUGUUCCUAUAAGACGAAGCAGAGUGAAUGAUGUGUUCAGAGCUAAGUCUUUGUAUCACUAUGGUAAGAAACAGCCACGGACUCCAUUCUCCCGCCGCAUCCACAGUGACGCCCCCGAUGUAAUUAGCGGUAACGGCCAUGAGCAUGCGAUCGCUUAUACGAGAUCAUCAGAAGAGAUAUAUGGGGCAAAGGCAAGUAUAAACGUGUGGGAUCCAUCAAUUCAAGCAAUGAACGAAUUCAGUCUUUCUCAAAUUUGGAUUUUAUCAGGAUCUUUCGACGGCCCUGAUCUAAAUAGCAUCGAAGCUGGAUGGCAGGUCAGUCCAGAGCUCUAUGGUGAUAACAGACCCAGAUUAUUUACUUAUUGGACGAGUGAUUCGUAUCAACAAACCGGAUGCUACAACCUUCUUUGUUCGGGUUUUAUCCAAACAAAUAGUAAGAUUGCCAUUGGAGCAGCCAUCUCUCCUGUCUCUUCUUUUGCUGGCAGCCAAUAUGACAUUACCAUCCUCAUCUGGAAGGAUCCAAAAGCUGGGAAUUGGUGGAUGAGCUUUGGUGAUAACACACUGGUUGGGUACUGGCCGGCCGAGCUAUUCACGCACUUGGCUGAUCACGCCACUAUGGUGGAGUGGGGCGGCGAGGUGGUGAACAUGCGGACCAAUGGCCAGCACACCGAAACCCAGAUGGGCUCCGGCCACUUCGCCAGGGAGGGCUUCGGAAAAUCAAGCUACUUUCGGAACCUUCAGAUUGUGGACACUGAUAACAGCCUAAUGAAUGUGCAGGGCAUCUCAACUUUGGCUGAAAAUACCAAUUGUUAUGAUAUUAAGAGCUCUUAUAGCAAUGAAUGGGGCACAUACUUCUACUAUGGUGGGCCUGGGAACAAUCCUCAAUGCCCAUGA